CAAGUACUUGGAUAGUUCCGAAGGUUAUUUUACACCUCGAGAAAUAUAAGUGCGUGGAUUAUAUGUCGUUUGGGAUAUUUAUUGCUUAUAUUAAAAAACUAUCAACCUGGUUGGAACCAAGCUAACGCGGUCAAACCGCCGCAAAACCACUAACUUAGAACCUAACCCCAGUUCAUCUCCCCAAGUAUCUUCCUCCAAUGCAGCUAGCUUGCCUCCCACAUUUAGAAUGGUUCGGCCUCGCUCUAGCAUUGGUCCCAGUGAUCGUACCACUAAAGAAAGACCCGUUAGUUCAGGACCUGAUAUGUUUAGCCUAUUCAAGAGAGGCUCAGUCAAGGAUGUAAAUCAUCCAGAAUGUGUAAAGGAGGAAGAUGGCUCUGUAGAUGGAUCAUCUCAUGAUUCUACUACUGCUAAUAGUAAUAAUAAUAAUACGAAUAACAGUAGUAGCAGUGGUAGUAGUAGCAGUAGUAGUUCUAAAUCAUUAUCUCGAACAUCUCUCCCUAGUUAUUCUAAAUCUAUUCCUACGUCAAGUAAAAAAAUUACCGGUAAUCUCAAGGAUCAGUUAACAUUUUCCAGUAGUACACCACCUCCUGGUCAUGUGCUGGGUAGAAAUUUCGAAGAUGAAGGUGACAGUGAUCUUAGCAAUGCAAACGAUCUUGUUCAUUUAUCAUCAGAAUUCGAUGACGCAACAUCAGUAUUGAAAAGUCCGGCUAAAUGUGCUAUAUUUAUCGACUACUUGUUUUCGCAUAAACGAGAUCCUACGUGUACGCUUUUCCACAUUGUCAAUCAAUACUUUCAACGAUCAAUGGUUUCAUCCAAAGAAUUAUUGAAAGAUGAAAAACGUGUUGGUCUUGAGAUAUUUACAACAUUCUUGCAUGAUAAGUCUCCCUUACGUUUAGAUGUACGAAUUCCAAUUGUAUUGAAAUCAUUCGAUUUUAAUGAAUGCUCAAAAUUGUUCAAUUCUGUUGAUCAACAAUGUUUGAAUCAGAUACAAGUACAAGUAUCUAAGUUAGCUGAAGCAAUUAAUCUGGGUAUGGAUACAUGGUGUCUUUCAGAACCAAUCGAUUUCGUUUUGUCUCGCAAUAAAGAAGAAGAAUUAGCAUGCUUCGAAUCGCGUCUAAGUAGUUAUCUCGAUGCGUUGCAUCAACUAUUUACCGGAAGUUGUACAGAGAAUCAAAUCGCUCUUAGCAUAUGUCGAUUACCAACCACAUCUGCGUCAGUUACAUGUGAACAAAUCGCUCAGGCAAUCACUACUUGUUUGGUUACAGCUCACCGGUAUUAUUCUAUGUCCCACUUAUCAAGUGCCGAUUAUCCUGAGACUAGAGAUUCUGGACAUUCUAUUAGACAUAGUCUUUUUGCAAGGUCUUUUGAAAAUUUAACUUCAUCAGCGUUGGGCAAUGCAGUUGGUUUAGGUAGUGUAUCAGGAAGCAUUGGAAGUGGAUUAUCAUCUGCUGGUUCACAUUUAUGGACAAAAUUAACUCCAUAUUGUGCUAAAUCGAAACAAAAAUCUCAUUCUUUGCUCAAUCGUAAAACUAAAUGGUCUCACAAAGGUCAUUCGUUUUAUGAAUACACUUAUGAACGUGUUGUUAAUUGUGGUGUAUGUGGAUUGUUAUUAUGGGGACUCAAUUCACAAGGUUUUAAUUGUAAUAAUUGUGAUCUAUUUUUACAUUCAAAAUGUAAAAAUGGUAUUCGAGAUCAUUGUAGUAAAGAAGGACGUAGAACAACGGGUUCUGUAUCUGGAAAUGUCUUAACUGGUAUGCUUGGUAGUAUACCAAAUUUAACGAUGGAUACAUAUAUUCCAAGCAACAUACCGAACCAAAUAUCUUUGAAUUCCAAUCUAAUUGGUUCGACUGAUCGUAUUUAUCAAAAUUACACUACUCGUCGACGUUGUGGCUCUGAUACACGACAUAGACAGAAGAAAACUAAUACACUAAAAGAUUUUCAUCUCUUACCUUCAUUUCUUCAUCGUAACAUUGAUGCUAACUCAGUUGAUAAUCCACUGGACGUUGUUGCUUCUCUAGAUGACACACUCAAUUCAUCGUGUCAAGAUUACACUUAUAGUUCUGGACUGAAUGAAACCUCGUCAAUAUCAGGUAAUGGAUGUGGUGACACAUCUGUCAAUUUUUCUUCACCAGGAUUAUCGAAACGUGAUUCAGUUUCAUCAUUGUCAGCUACGUCUAGCUGUCAAAGUCCUACGUGUUCUCAUCCACAAUCUGGUAUUGAUCAAACAGAAGGAAUAAAAUGGAAUAAAGAGGAAUCCGGGAUUGCGAAUAAUAAUCCGCGUUAUGUAAAACAAAUGAAAAAUCUGUACGAAGGAAGUGAAAUAAUACAAGAAACAAUUCCAACAUCUCGAAGUGAUAGUAUCGUUUCAAAUAUUUCUUCAAAUUUACCGACACCAAGUAGCACGGGUUCAUGUGAUCGUGCACCCGAAGCAUUAUCAUCACCAGCUUCAUCAUUGUUCAGUAUUUCUGCAUCGAAUAUCAAUGACACUGUACGUGAAUUAGUUACCACAGAUUGGAGUGAUGAUCCAGAAAUGAUUGCAGGAGCAAGUUUUGAAGCAGCUGUUGAACUACGAGCUCAAUUUCCUAAUUUUCAAAUGGCUAGUAAAGGUCAAAAAAGCGAAGAAUAUGUUCGUACACUAGUUUUAUUGGAAUUUCAUCAGAAAACUCAAUAUAUGGUUCGUCAUUUAAAACAAUAUGAAUAUUUAUUAUUACGUCGUUGGCCUGUGGAACAUGCGAAAUUGGCUAAAAUUCUAUGCCUUGAUCAAAUUCCUAUAUUGAUUAGUCUUUUUCGUAGUCUUGUCACGUGUAUUGAUCAAACAAAAACAGAACAAGGUUAUCGUGGUAUGGCUGAAGCAGUUCUAGCCUGGUUAACUGAUAAUUCAUCAGCUAAUUUAAAAACAUGGGCUCGUCAUUGUCAAGCUCUUUCAUGUUCAAAUAUGUUGGAAAGUGUUCGACAUGCUGUUCGUGAUUAUGUUCGCCGACAUCCAGAUAUUGUGCCUCUAUUACAAACUAGGCAUAAUAAAUUUGUCUUAAUUGAAGGUUUAAAACAGAUGCGAAUUCUCUACUUUAAUUUACCAUUAAUUGCCAAUAAUAUUGCAAAAGAUUUAGAAAAAAAGACUAAAGUAUAUAAAGCUGAAGCUAAAAUUUGGCAACAAAUUCAAUUGAAAUUGGCCAGUUUACCACAAACUAUUGAUAAUGUUUGUAUGCCUCUUGUAAAAAGAAUUAAUCUUGGUCAAUUAUGUACUAGUUUGGAUAAAAAAGAUAUUUUAUCUAAACCACUCCCUGAUUUAUUGCUACCGUUUCAACAUUUACUUCUGAACUUCCCUCGUGUAUUAUUUCAUUAUUGGGUUGUCGCACAUGCUGAAGUAACUGUUGAUAAAUUAACAGCGAAUCGAUCAAAUAAAGUAAAUCAUGAUUAUAUUUGUGAACGAACAGAUAUGUUAGCUAUUCUCUUACACAAUGCACUUAUUUUAAUGGUGAAAGAUAAUGAACGUUACAUUCUACGAAGUUUUAAAGCUGUACGUGAACAAGGCGGUGUUGGUAGUAGCGGAAGCUCCAGUACUUCUGGUGGUAGUGCUGUUGGUGCUGUUGAACGUUUCUCCAGUUUCGGAUCAUCCGGUACAAUUAGCGAGAAAGAUCGAUCUAACCUCAACAAUCUAUCUGGUCAUUCUUCUGUCUCUUCAUGUAGUUCCCUGAGUUCUGCUGUGCCCAAUUCAAAUAUUCAAUCACACGCAAGCCUCGUGUCAGCAGCAGCUAAUGCUGCAGUUGUCAGUAUGACUGAUCGUUCUUCGACAUCUUUGGGAAGUUCAAAACUUGUACCUAUAUUCCCAUUGAUAGAUGUGUUUACUUCAUGUGGUGAAAAAUUUGGUGGUGAUCAUCUAUUAAAUAUUGUCUUUAUGAAACAGACAGUUUUGAUUCGGUUAUUGUUUUCAAAAGAAGAUGAAAGACAAAAUUGGUCAGCUUAUAUACAAGAAAAUAGUGUGACUACACAAAAUAUUGAUCGACAACGUGCACUGAAACCACCGACUUCUGCUGUUGCCUCCUCUUCGUCACCAUCAUCCUCUACUGAAAGUCGAUCAACAGUCGGUAUCACUUCUGAAUCAAUUAUGCCUAAAACUUCAGAUAUUACACCUACCACUACUGAUGAAGCAUCAGUCAUUACUACUGCUCAACCAUCAACGCAAGAUUUAAAAACUUCAUUCGGUAUUCUCUCUGUAACGUCAUCAGCUAUUACAAAUAAUAAUGAUAAAACUAUUUAUUCAUCAGAUAUUAAUAGUAGUGAUAUAAUUAGUCCAAAAGAAGAAUCCACUGGAUUUGUUGAUAAAUUACAAACUUCUAUGAAUGAACUAUUGGAACAAACGCGACAAAUUAUUUGUGAAAAAUACAAUAUAUCUAAAGAAGAAUUAGCCAGUGCAAUGGAUGAGGGUAAUGAUGUGGAAGAUAUAUUGAAUCCUGGAAAAAUUCUGUUGUUCCAGAUAAAAUAUUUUGCAAAAUGCUUUAAUUUAAUAACUCGAACUCUUGCUCCACAAGCUUCAUCAUCUUUUCCAAAUCAAAUGCAAAAUCAUCUUGAAUUUAUAAAUGACGAAAGUAAUCAGGAGUUUGAAAUGUCACUAUGGCAAAAGAAAAGACAAAGUUCUUUGUCAUGGACAGAAGGUUAUCUGGAGUCACUUAGCCGGAAUCCUGUACUAAAUGUUGACAGCAACGAAGUAACUUGCAGUACUGGAUCAGAAAGAUCUCAGUUUGAUGUUGUUAAUUCGCCCUCAAAGGACUCUAACUCCAAAGCUGCACAUUCUUCUCCAAACCUAGUCGGUUCAGAUAGUGAACGUGGUCGUAUAGAGAUUCAAGACAAACGAAAAUCUAAACGUCGAUCAAGGCAGUCUGAAGCAGGUCCUGUUUCGAAUUCAGAUUUUACUUUCUUUGAUAAUCUAUUGAACAAGGAAUUAAUUACAAUGGCACCGGUAUUUGCAAAAUCUGUCAUGUGUUUAUGCAAGUUAACUCAUCAAGACAUAUCGCCAAAUAAUUUAUUUAAAGAAUCUACUAGUACAAGAAAGAGUUUAUCAAGAUCAUCUGUUCAAAUUGAUUCUCAAAUGCAUUGGACUAACGGUAGCAAUGUUGAAUGUCCAGUCAGUGAGAGUAGUGAUGUAGUUGAAGAUGAAGAAGUCAGAACAUUGGAGAAUUCUAUCAUCGAUUUAUCUUGUUCCCAAACAACCGAUACAUUAAAUGAAGCCAAACUUCACACUGAACAGUCAGAUGCAAUACAUAGUGGAUUCAGUUCAUCUGUAGAUCAAGAUUUAAAUGCAGUCGCUGCACAACUUGUGUCUGAUGUGCUGGAAAAUGCCAAAAACUAUUUCUCAGGUCAUGUCAUACAACCUGAUGAUGCAGAACAAAAUGAAGUAAUUGUUAUUCGUGACAGUGGAUGUGCGCCAUCUGCCACAGAUGAGGAUGAUGAUUAUGAUUAUGAUGAGGUUGAUGACGAUGAUGAUCACGUGAAUAAUGAUGAGACAAUCGAAGAAAUAUCCGAAAAUCAUAACGAUAUCUUAACACUAUCUGGAACUAUUUCCACUCCUGACAUUUCAACUCCUAAAUUACUAGAUGUUGCUUCUAUUUUCGAUGAUAUCUCAUUGGAUCGAAACAGUCAGUUAGAUAAGACACCAUCAUUACACGAUGAUUUACUCACUGAUAGUGACACGGUUGAUGUUGAAUCACCAUGUCCUGACAUUUUUACAUCGGAAACUACUACUUCUAUUGAUGCUCCUGCUACCAGUAUUACAACAGCAACCAAAACUAAUACGACUAACACUAAUGCUGCAAUAACAACAAAUAUUGGUCGUAAUGAUUCUCAAAAGUCAACUACUUCAAGUGGAUAUGUAGAUUCUGGUGAUGAUUAGUAGGCAAUAUACAUCGUUUGUAUACCUUUAAACACUUUUUUAACUAAUGCUAUUUGGUUUAUCUAUAAUGAGAUGAUCGCCCUUCAGACAGCUGAUUUAUCCAGUCAUCUAAAUCAUUAUUUUCAUUGCUUGAUUAUGGUAAUCAGAGUAGGAAGAUGAAUAUAUUUUUCGAUCUGGAUUCUAUUUAUGUGCUGUACAAUCUUCCUCUUAAGAAUUUUUUGAUGAACAUGCAUUUUAUUCUUGACGCCGAUUAUUUUCAAGACUUACUAUGUCUUUUAACCAUCAUGCUUGUUUGAAAUAGACAUUGUUUAUGGCGUUGUUCAUCAUGUUGUACACGUACAUGCACAAGCACUUUUGCAUCAGGUAUGCAUAUGUACCUUUGUGUUUGUAUUUGUAUGCGUGUGUGUUUUUUUAUCAUGUUUAACGGAAUAAUUUAGUUUAUUACUCCUUUUCAAAUGACAUUGUAGUUUUUUGUUUCAAUUAUUCCUUGAAAAUUAAAAUUUAAACAUUAUGUGCCUUCCAUUUUAAAUCGUUCGAUUCUUUCCAAAUAUUUGUAUUCAAAAAAAAAAAAAAAAUAAACAUGAUUGUAUUAUAUUUGGAAAAUGUGUUUAUGUUUGUGUUUGUGAUAAUCAGCAACCUGUUUUUAUUUUACAAAAAUACAUGCAAACACUCGAAAAUAAACAUCUAAUGUUUAUAUUAUUCAUUCUCAAUACAUAAUUUUUGUUUAAAAACAAUAUGUAUCAAUGUACACACGUGGAUCGUGUGAUUUUAUAAAUUUGUGUGUAAAUACACUAAUCCUGUUUUCAGUGGAGACACUAUACUACAACUAUACUCAUUAAAAUAGAAUAUCUUCAUUGUGCCCUGAACUUAUUCAUUACAAAUGUUUAGCUCACCAUAAUUUGAUGGUUAUAUUUUUAUUUCCUGCUAAGGUAUACAUAUACAUAAGCAGUAUUAACACGGAAGCGUAAUCGGUACACUGUUUGCUUUUGUUUUCAUGUUUUCCUAAUUUCCAAGAAGUUCAAUCUUGUAAUCUAUUUCCGCUUCAUUUUUGAAAAUAAAACAAAAGUGACUUUCUUUAAGUUAUUUUUCUUGUAUAUCAUGAAAUAUAUUCUUUCUUUCUAUGGAACUAAUAAAAGUGUUAAAUUCUUAAAGAUUGUAAGAAAUAUUUUUACUUAUAUGGAUUGUUUUGUUUUAGAGUGAUCUUCUUCCUCAUGUCUGAUAUAAUUUAUGUUCUUAUUUUAUUCUGUUGAUUCAGUCAAUAAUUGACCUGGUUGAUUUGAAUAUAUAAAAUACGAGUAAAUUGUAAAUCCAUUAUUUGUUUUUCAAGGAAAAAUAAAUAUUUGUGAGAA